AUGCGCCAGGAGAUUGCGAGAAGGGGCGAUGGAAAUGAUAAGACCUCGCGUUGCGGUCAGUUCGCUCGACAUGCACGACUCUAUUUCCCUACCUCCCUGCUUAAGGCGUGGGAAAUAGAAUACACAAUUGUCGCCCAGAGAGCCGGUGAUGUAGUGGUUACCCUUCCCGGAACAUACCACCAGGGCUUCGCCGUGGGGCGCACCAAGGCCGAAGUAAUGAACUACGCAGACGAGAAGUGGGCGUCUUCCAAUAUCCUGUGGUGCGAUAGCGAGUGUCCCGAGUAUCCCAUUGACCCCCACGACAUGCGUUUUGACGUUGUUAAGGCUAAAAUGCCAGAGGCGUCCAUCGACCAGAGAAGGGAGACGCACAAGGCAGACGAGUAUCAGCUCAGAAACGAGAACGGGCAGGAGCCUGCCAUAACAACGAAUCUUGGCAGAUCGCUUAAUCCGUACGGCGCAGCGUUUGUCCGGGCCUUCAUGGACAAUGGAUUGGAGCUUGGCGACGUGAGGAAGGUGUGGCUUUUCCAGAUGAUUAUGCAAUGCCAGUGGCCUGGCCCAGGCGAUAUCAUCCCACAAAGCGCCAGCGCAAUCAGCAGAGCGAACCGCCUCGUCUCCGUGUCGACGGUCAGAAGGGUCGACCAGAUGGGGGACAAACUACCUCUGGUCAUGCAUCUUGAAUUGCAGCUCAGAAGAGUCCAUGAGCGGGCGCUGGUUCGGUUUGCAAGAACCUGUGGCCGCUCAGCCGAUUACUUCAGGAGCCUCUUGGAGCCAGGCGCGAAAUUCGAAUACAUGGCCAGUAAGCUUGGCCCGCACAUUCUCUUGACACUCCCGACCAAAAGUGUACGGGAGAGAGGCUUUGCACUCCGUGUCGACAAUGACUUGUUAAAGCAGCCCAUCCACGCGUCGAGCUAUUAUAAACUUGAAAAAGCCGAUGUGCUGUACUUUGUGAGACACUUCUACGACCUUCGCCCGGAUCUGAGGCUUUCACAAGAGCUACGCCUCAAGCUCCAAAAUGUGAUCGAUAUUCUGGGGAUCGAGCAAUGGGUCCGUGACGCGCUGUGGCCCCUAGAGGGUCAGGAAGUGGUGUGA